AUGAAAUUACAGCUUACCAUGGGCCGUAGUCAAAGUCCGGUAAUGGACAAAAAUUCGGACACACCAAAGGGUGCAUAUGAAGCGACGUCUGUGAACGGCCCAGAUGACGACUUUGAACUGUGGGACCAAAGUAAAGCCCUAAGAUCGGAAUAUAGCCGGGACAGCCGCUGGAGUCACAAUGGAUGGUCGUCGUGCAUUCCAAUAACGAUAAUUUUAGUGUUGAUUGUGCUCGUCGUCCUGCUUCCCUUGAUGGACCACACGGAGCGUGGUACUGGUGAAUCGAUCAAGACAGGCAUUGUGGGCCUUGGUUUUGGGCAUUCGGGUUGCGCAGACACAUGCUCCAUUGAGCUUGUUGAAAGUAUUCCCGAAGGCAUGCCGUAUCCAAAUGGAAGCCCCAUGUUUAAAUCGACUUUUAACGCAUGGCAGACUUUGAUAUCGAUAGCUAAAGAUACCAUCGAAAUCGGCUCAUUCUACUGGACACUGAAGGGUGCCGAUGUGUAUAAUCACUCAUCGGCUCGGGAAGGAGAAACGAUAUUUCGUCAACUUUUUAUCGCCGGCACUGAGCGCAAGCUUAAGGUUAAAAUUGCUCAAAGUGCACCAACUUCAGCGUCUCCUAACUGGGAUACGGAUUUGCUUGCUAAACAAGGAGCUGCAAUCGUUCGAUCUGUCGACUUCCCUCGGCUCGUCGGUGGAGGAGUUCUCCACACUAAAGUGUGGAUCAUUGACCGACGUCAUUUCUAUCUGGGCAGUGCAAACAUGGAUUGGCGAUCCUUGACACAGGUGAAAGAGUUAGGUGUGCUUGGAACAAACUGCUCCUGUUUGGUGAACGAUCUAGCGAAGAUUUUUGAUGUAUACUGGGACAUGGGAGCACCCAAUGCUCGCAUACCUUCAAAAUGGCCUAAGGAGUAUACUGCUAGUUUCAAUAAUUCUUCUCCAGCACACAUUUUGUUCGACGGAAAGUAUAGGAUGGAUACCUUUUUCUCGAGUUCUCCUCCAAUGAUGUUACCAGAAGGACGAACUGACGAUCUAUUCGCGAUUAUGGAUGUUAUCGCUAAAGCAAACCGCUUCAUACACAUUUCAGUAAUGGACUAUUUCCCACUUACGUUGUAUACCCGUGUAACACAAUAUUGGCCAUUUAUUGAUGAUGCACUACGGAAAGCGGCAAUUGAAAGGAAAGUGUCACUGCGUCUUCUCAUAUCCUUAUGGGAUCAUUCGCGACCUUCUGAAGAAUAUUUUCUCCAUUCACUUGAAGCAUUAUCCAAUGCGCUUAAUGGUGUCGAUAUUCAAAUACGCAGAUUCGUUGUGCCAGCAUCUGAAGAUCAAAAGAAAAUUCCUUUCGGUCGGGUGAACCACAACAAGUAUAUGGUUACAGAUAACACCGCUUAUAUUGGAACUUCUAACUGGUCUGGAGACUAUUUUAUUGAUACCGCCGGAAUUGGCAUGGUUAUUUCAUCUUUUGACACAAAUGGUACAAUAAUUGAAGAGCUGCAGUCAUUGUUUGAGCGUGACUGGAAUAGCAAAUACUCAAUGCAUUUAAGUUAG